AGGAAACGGAGAAGGAUGGUAGGUUGUUCAUACGAGAACUAAGUGGCAGGGGUAACCUCACCGGAAGUAACGAAGUCUCAUCCCAACAAAGAUCCCUACUUUCCUAGGGGAACUGAGGCAGGGAGAGUCCCAAAGGAAGCUCCUUUGCUCCACCCAUUUCCCCCACUUUCUUCUGUGUUCCUCCCUUCCAUGGCGCCGCCGCCACCGCCGCCGCCGGCGAACCUAUCUCCGCUCCUCUCUUCCUCCUCCUCCUGCUCAUCCUCCUCCAGCCACUGCCACCACAACUUAGCAUCGCCAUCGCCUCGGCCACACCGGGAGGUAGCGGCGCCGGCGCCGUUCCUCUUCCUUCUACUACUAAUAAUAACACUCAUGGGGUUCCCUCCGGCGGCUGUCGGCGACCCGGACGACGAGCGGUGCCUGACGAACCUCCGGCAGUCGCUGUCGGAUCCGACGCACAGCUUGCGGAACUGGUCCAAGAACACCUACGCCGCCCCUUGUAACGGCUUCACCUCCUACCUGGGCGGCGCCACCUGCAACAACGGCCGCGUCUACAAGCUCUCUCUGGCGAACCUCUCCCUCUCCGGCACCCUCUCCCCCUUCCUCGCCAACUGUACCAACCUGCAGUCCCUGGACCUCUCCUCCAACGCCCUCAACGGGCCCAUUCCCCCGGAAAUCUCCUCCCUCCUCAACCUCGCCGUCCUCAACCUCUCCGCCAACCGCCUCUCCGGGCCCAUCCCUCCGCAGCUUGCCCUCUGCGCCUACCUCAACGUCAUCGACCUCCACGGCAACGCCCUCUCCGGCCCCAUCCCCGACCAGCUCGGCCUCCUCGUCCGCCUUUCCACCUUCGACGUCUCCAACAAUCAGCUCUCCGGUCCCAUCCCCGUCCUCCUCGCCAACCGCUCCGGGGGCCUCCCCCGCUUCAAUGCCAGCUCUUUUAUUGGGAACAAGGAUCUCUACGGCUACCCGCUGCCGCCGGCGAGGGGGAAGGGGCUCUCCGUGCUGGCCAUCGUCGGGAUCGGGCUCGGCAGCGGGCUGCUCAGCCUCGUCCUCAGCUUCACCGCCGUCUGCAUCUGGCUCCGCGUCACCGAGCAGAAAGGGACGAUGGCCGGCGAGGAGGGCAAGAUCUCCCACGUCAUGCCCGACUACUGAUUCCAUUGUGUUUACUAGGAAUCUCUUCUUCUGCUUCCUUCUCUCCCCCAUUUCUCCCUCCAUCCGCCAUAAAAAUCGGAUCGUGGGACCUCCCCUGUUUCUUCGUGGACCGUUGUUCCUCCUCUCUCUCUCUCUCUUUUAUUUUUCUUUUUUCUUUUUUUUGGGGUUGAGUUAACC